UUUCAUUCUCCACCCAACAGGCGGCCGCUGAGCAUCUGUUGGUGAGCAGAUCAGGGCAGAGCUCAGUGCAGGGAACAGCAGCAGCUUGAGCGCCGGUACCGGACCACUGACUCAAAAAGUUGACUUUAUUUGUGUGUGACCAGCAUUGUGUCGGUAGUAGGUGCAGACAUGCCGGAACCCGAGGGGACUCGUCAGUCACCGCAAGGUGUCCCCUACACCGACCUGGCGCACAUCGUCAACGCCGAAGGACUGCACUUGUUCUGCCGUUACUGGGAGCCCGACAGUCCGCCGAAGUUAGUGGCACUGGUGUUUGUCGCCCAUGGAGCAGGAGAGCAUUGUGGGGGAUAUGCUGACAUUGCUCACAGACUGACCCAACAUGGCAUGCUGGUGUUCGCCCACGAUCAUGUUGGUCAUGGUCAGAGUGAAGGUGAGAGAAUGAAUAUCAAAAACUUCCAGAUUUAUAUCAGAGACUCCCUUCAGCACAUUGACAUCAUGAAGGCGCGUUAUCCCAACCUGCCCGUCUUCAUCAUUGGCCACUCAAUGGGAGGAGCAAUUUCCAUUCUUACUGCAUGUGAAAGACCACAGGAUUUUGCAGGUGUAGUUCUCAUAGGCCCUAUGAUUCAAAUGAAUGCUGAAUCUGCUACACCUUUCAAGGUUUUCAUGGCUAAAAUUCUAAGCCGCUUGACUCCCAAACUCACUCUCGGCUCCAUUGAAUCCAAAUGGAUCUCACGGGAUCCAAAACAGGUGGAGGCAUAUGACACAGAUGAGCUAAAUUAUCACGGAGGGCUUUGCAUCUCAUUUGGAAUGCAGUUGAUGGAUGCGGCGACUCGCAUCGAAAGAGAAAUACCAAACAUCACAUGGCCUUUCUUUAUUCUCCAUGGUGAUGAAGACAAGCUUUGUGACAUCAAAGGCUCUCAUCUAAUGUAUAAUGAGGCCAAGAGCACGGAUAAGAAACUGAAGAUGUACGAAGGAGCUUACCAUGCCCUACAUCAUGACUUACCUGACACAGCUGAGUCUGUCUUAAUGGAGUUGGGCACCUGGAUCCUGGAGAGACUUCCCACCACUGAUGGGUCUUAGCUGUUAAUCAUCCCAUCUGCCCUUGCCAAGUUCCACCCUGUUUCUAAUCUUUCAUCUCUAUUGACAAAGAGAUGUGUAACCACACAAAAUGUCAACAAAACAACACUCAUUAUGAUUUAUAUAGGAGACAUAUGUGGUCAUUGGUAAGCGACCUUUGACCUUAAGGUAUUAUUUGCUUUAAUGUGGCCAGAAACGGUGAUCUGGGGAAUUUGUGUUUUAAAACAGUCACCCAUUCUUCAAAGGCAUCAGAAAUGCAGAGUUUGGCUCAUGUGUUUCCAUAGCAAUUGUCAUUAGGAAUAUAAUGAACCCAGCUGCCCUCAGUGCUAAGCUCGCUUUUAUGUUGCCAUGGUAAUAGAACACAGCUGCAAUUUGCACUUUGUUAUUUCCAGUUCCCAUUAGAAAUGCAGUGCUACCCCUGCUGGACAACAGCAAUAUUGCAUUCUGCUUUGAGCACAGUUACCAAGGCAACUGAAAGAUGUAUUGCCUAUGCCUUGGCAGAGAAAUACACAGAACCUAUAGAAAGAAAACAUAAUAAUGCAUAGAGAGGUUCAGGGUGAUUUAAAGGUGAGUUUGAAGGUGAAGUGUGUAAUUGUUUUAAUGUUAAAAUUCUUUAUCCUAUUCCAAAUUAAUGUGCAGAGACAACUGUAAGUAAACCAUUUGUCAGAUGAUUUCCCUCUAAAGUGAAAACACUAUGGCUCCGUGGAGUUAUCAAAACAUUGCUCUGUUUGUUUGAGAUUUGACCAGUUGAGACAGUAACAUCUGCUUGACCAAUGGCAUAACUUUGGGGCUGGACUAUCUGUUUGACAGACUAAUAUAAGAUGGGAGCAGUGUUUGGGGAAAUUAUUAUUAUUAUUUCAUUUUUUCUAUUUAAUUUGAUGAUGCUAGUGUUUCAGAAAUUACACACUUCACCUUUAACUCUAACUCACACAUAUCCUACAGAUUCCCACAUUUAGAGAUAUUAUUCACAUACUGUAGAAUUUUAAAUGUAUUAUUAUCUAUAAUGAACUUUUACUAGAUUCUGUUUGUGACUUGACUGUCUAAAACACAUUAGACUGUUCCAUUCCUUAGGGCAAACAGGGGAAUUGCCUGUUCUACAUUUAAUGUUAAUUUGCAGAAUAUUUACAGAAUAUCUAUUUACAGCUGAUAUACCAUUAUUUGUUUUUACCAGUGUUUGGUUCCUUUGACAACUAUAUGACUUGCCAUUUUACUGUUAAAAUUAUACCAUGUUCGCAAUAGCUUUUGACCUCAUUGAAGACCUUGGGGUUAUACAGAGAUCAGCCUGGGUGCUCAUGGGGUUGUAACUCUAAAAAAAAUUAAAUUGUAAAAGGUCAGUCUUUCACACCAGCUUAACAUUUAAUGCACCUCAGAACUGUUCUGAUUCAAACAAAGGGGAGUUUGUUACAGAGAUUUGGCUGUAAUCCUCAGAUGCAUUUUAUUUUAUGAAUGUGAAUCAAUUAAGGUUUUUCUAUUACUGAAUGUGGCACAUUUUUAUUAGAAAGAACAUAAAAAAUGCUGAAUUGUAUAUAGUCUCAUAGCCGGUCUGAUUAAAAUCAGCUAGAAACAAUACUGCUCAACAUGAACUGGCACAGAACUGAAAUAUCGAGCACAAGGUUGUAAAUAGUAUUCACAGUUGUGUACAGGCUUUGAAGGGAGAACAUGUAGAGAGAAGCUAUAUAGUUUUGAUGUUUAUUUUAGAUGUAAAGCAUUUUAUUGAGAAUGUAAACUUAAUCAUUAAAAAUUGAGAGACAGAUCUCAUUUUACAUGUACAUGUCAGAUAUGCUGUACUUUGUAUAAAAAAAGCAGCCCUUGUGAUAAUUUAUAGAACAAGACUAAAUCUUAAUUUGUGAUGAUCCUCAUGUGACUCCUAACAUGAAAGUACUAGGAGCACUGUGAUUGGAGGAGUGAGUAUUGUAAUAUUCUCAAGGAAACUACCGGUACCUUUACAUUUGGCAAUAAUUCAUGAUUCCAUUUGUAUUAGAACAGCCCAUUUGGGUUGCUUGGUUCCUCCAUAUGGCAUCUUAAAACCUUAGUCUUAGUACAUGGUGCAUAAUAUCAAAAACAAUUUUUGAAUUCAUACUUAAAAGUUUUCAUAUAUUUAAAACACAAACCAAUGCUAGAAUAUGACUGAAAUUGCCAGUUAAUUGUAUUUGAUUGCAGAGUGAUAUAAAAUAAACGAACUGA